CUAUACUGCGAUGAUACAUCAGGCAAUGUUUCAAAAAAAUGGAACAAGCACAAUUCUGUGCUACUCACCUUUGCCGGUUUACCAAGACGUAAAAUUCAGAACCUCUCGAACAUCCACUUUCUUUCGACAUCGAACAUCGCGCCACCGCUUGAGAUGAUGGAAUACAUUAUCUUUACGAUCCAGAAAGGUGGCGAGGAUGGGAUACCGGUCUGGGAUUGUUUGUUAGAUGAAGAGAUCCUGUUAGUUCCGUGGGUACUUGCCUUUCAAGGGGAUAAUCCGAUGGCGAGCGAGUUUGCGUCGCACAUUGGCAUGAAGGGCAAGUAUUUCUGCCGGAUAUGUCAUGCCUUCGGAUCCGAUUCGAGCCAGCGGCCUCCCGGACAUGCUGGCGAGCUGCAGAGGCUGGAAGACUUCCUUAAGCCUGGCGUACCGCGAAGCAAGGCAGAGACGAUCCGAAACCUGGAGGCGCAACUCAAGAGAGUUCUUGAAGGUGCUCCAAGUGCCGUCAAUCAUAUGGCGACCGAGACAGGAACGAAAGACAAAUAUCUACAGCAUUUCAUCGAUCAGCUCUCGGAAAAGUGUCGCAAGAUCAAAGAUGAUUUAAAGAACAGUUCACGGGGCGAGAGAAUGUCCACGGACACCGAGAUUGCCUCCGCCUUGCAGGCCAUGCGUCACAGUCUUCCUGCUAAUCUCUUCAACCCUGCGUUGAUGGUUGACGAUUUUGACCCACAUGCGGACUCACCAGUCGAACUACUCCACGUCGUUCUUCUCGGUGUCGUGAAAUAUUGGUGGCGCGAUGCUGUCUCCCGGCAGGAUUCCGAAGGCCGCAAAAAACUGAUAGCAAGAAUCAAUAGCGUGGACUCAGGGGGACUCAGCAUCAAACCUCCAGAAGGUCAUAUCUUGGUUCAUUAUGCUGGAUCGCUAGUGGGGCGCGACUUCCGGGUGAUAUUGGAAAUGGCUCCUUUUAUUCUGAUCAAUAUGAUUCCAAAGCGUGCAUAUGAGGCUUGGUUAUCCCUCGUUCGGCUUGCGCCGCUGCUCUAUCAACCAGAAAUUAGUGAUAUCGAUAAAUACAUGGCGAGUUCACCUGUCAAAAGAUUGAGGCUCGCAGAAGCUUACCAGAAAAACUACAGGCGAACUUGGAGGACGCCAUUCUCGACUUCCUUGCAUCGACGGCACUUUGGAAUCCACAAUGGUUCAAUAAACCAAAGUUCCACCUCUUCGUUCACAUUCCUGUUCACAUCCGGCGUUUCGGCCCUGCGAUCAUCUAUGCAACCGAAGGAUUUGAAUCUUACAACGCAGUCAUCCGUCAGCGCAGUGUUCAUUCGAACCGUCACGCACCAAGCCUAG